AUGGCUUCCGAAUCCGCUAUCAACGGCACCUUCGUCCCCCAGAACGGCUAUGGCUCGAUAGAGCAGUCUGGCUACACCGCUCCCAGCUACCCUUCCUCUUCCGCACCUGCUCAGUCGAACAACUCUGCCGCCGACAUUCCCAAGGAUGAGGUUGGUUGGUACUUUGUCGAGCAGUACUACACCACCCUCAGCCGCAGCCCCGAGAAGAUUUACCUCUUCUACAACAAGCGCUCACAAUUCGUCUCCGGUAACGAGACUGAGAAGGUCGAAGUCUGCGUGGGACAACGAGCCAUCAACGAGCGCAUCAAGGAGCUCGACUUCUCCGAGUGCAAGGUUCGCGUCACCAAUGUCGAUUCGCAAGCCUCGGAUGACCACAUUGUCAUCCAGGUCAUCGGCGAGAUUUCCAACAAGUCGGCCCCCCAUAAGAAGUUCACCCAGACUUUCGUCCUCGCCGCCCAGACCAACGGCUACUUCGUCUUGAACGACAUCUUCCGUUACAUCAUCGAGGAGGAGGAUGAGGCCGAGGCAACCGAGGAGCCCGCUGCUGUCCAGGAGCCUGCUCAGGAGCCUGAGCACGAGACUCUGACCAGCUCUGAGGAUCCCGUUGCCAUCGAGAAGGAUGCCGCCAAGGUUGACAAGGAGAUCGAGGAGAAGAUCAUUGCCCAGAAGCCCGAGGAGGAGACCGCUGCUCCUGCCGCUGCCGUCGAGGAAUCGACUAAGGCCGAGUCCGCUGAGGUCGCCCAGGCUGAAGAGACCCCCGCCGCUGCCGUCGCUGAGACCGUCGAGACUCCCGAGGUCGCUCCUGAGGCCACCAGUGAGGCCGCCCCCGAGGUUCCUGCCGCUCAGGAAGAGGAGAAGCCCAAGGACCCCGAACCUACUCCCGCUCCCCGCUCUCCCGUGAAGCAGACCGCCCAGCCCGCAAAGGCCGCUGCCCCUGCUAAGCCUGCUGCUCCCGCAGCCCCUGCCGCCCCCAAGACUUGGGCCAACCUCGCUGCUGCUGCUCACCGCGUCGCUACUCCUGUUUUCACUCCUCAGCCUUCUGCUUCUGCCGCCCCUGCUCAGACCAAGGCCGCUACCCAAACCGAGGCCGCCGCUAAGCCUGCACCCGCAGCACCCGCCCAGGAGGCUGCUACUGUCCCUGCACGCGAAUCUUCUCCCGCUGCUCCCAGCGCUGACCAGCAGGAAGAGUGGACCAGCGUCGGCGACAAGAAGCAAAACAAGGGUCAGGCCGCUGCAGGUGCCCAAGAGACUCCUCAAUACCGCGCCUACGUCAAGAACGUUCACGAGAGUAUUACUCUUCCCACCUUGAGAGAGACUAUUGAGAAGUAUGGUGAGCUCCAGUACUUCGAUGCCAACAGACCUAAGAACUGUGCCUUUGUCGAUUUCAAGACCCUUGACGGCUACAAGGCCGCUCUUAAGGCCAGCCCUAUUUCGAUCGGUGAGCACGCUAUCACCAUCGAGGAGCGCCGUCCCAAGGACAACAGACCCUUCUUCCAGGGUGGCCGUGGUGGCGCCAGAGGUGGCCGCGGCGGUGCCAACCAGGCUCCUCGCGGUUCCUUCCAGGGUGGCCGUGGCGGCGGUUCCCAGAGAGGCCGUGGUGGUGCCGCCUCGCGCGGUCGCGGAGGUGCCCAAGCUGCCUAA